UCCACCCUGACAUUCGCCGCCGGCCGGCCGCCGCAUCUGCCCCCUGCCGUGACCUCGUCGUCCGGGUGCACAUGCACGGAGCCUCCAGUGCGUCCAGUCACGUCGUGCCGUCGCACACCGUAUACCACCUGAGCUGAGACGAACCAAACUCUUCUCCAUCUCCGGGCCAUCUGCUCACAUACAUGAUCCGUCCUUAGUGAAGCUGAGAGAAGCAUGAAGCCACGAACUCCUCUCCCAUUUCUCCGCGGGAAGAACGCAGCGACCUUCACACGGAAACAGUCUACGAAGCCGCUAGCCACGUCCGCCUGCUCCGGCCUGCCGGGUGACAUCGUCAAUCUCCGCGACGCUCCCGGUGCCCGCAAGGCGUUCGACGAAAUUUCCAGCCGGGAUGCAGUGGCGGGCUCCGACCGCGCCCUCUUUGACUACGCCCGGCGGGGGCUUGCCCGCCAGGCGCUGGGCCACUUCGUGGAUGUGCACCGGCGCCACGGUGGACGCGUUGGAGCCGCCGCGCUGUCGUGCGUCCUUAAGGUAUGCAGUUCAGUGCCAGAUAGAGCUCUCGGUCUCGGGGAACAGCUGCACGGCCUGUGCGUGAAGUGCGGCCAUGAUCUCGGCGACGUCAGCGUGGGCACAUCGCUUGUUGACAUGUACAUGAAGUGCCGCUGCGUCGAGGAUGGGAGUAAGGUGUUCGAGGGGAUUCCCGAGAGCGAGAGGAACGUCGUCACGUGGACGUCGUUGCUCAAUGGGUACAUGCAAGCCGGGGCGCAUUUGGAUGUCAUGGCGCUCUUCUUCAGGAUGCGCGCAGAAGGGGUCUGGCCCAAUCAGUUCACAUUUGCUAGUGUUUUCUCUGUGGUGGCCAGCCAGGGAGCCGUUGAUAUCGGGAGGUGCGUGCAUGCUCAAUCAAUUAAGUUUGGUUGCUGCUCAACUGUCUUUAUAUGCAACUCGUUGAUGAACAUGUACGCAAAGUGUGGACUGAUUGAACAAGCCAAGGCCCUGUUUUGCGGGAUGGAGAUUAGGGACGUGGUGUCGUGGAACAUAUUGAUGGCUGGCCUUUUGUUGAACAAGCGUGAACUGGAAGCGCUGCAGCUGUUCCUUGAUUCACGAUCUAGUAUUGCCAAGCUUACACACGCGACGUACUCAACUGUGAUCAAAUUAUGUGCAAAUCUCAAACAGCUUAGCUUGGCACAACAACACCACAGCAGUGUUCUGAAACGUGGAUUUCAUUCGUAUGGCAAUGUAUUGACAGCCCUCAUGGAUGCCUAUAGCAAAUGUGGUGAAUUGGAUAAUGCUUUAAGCAUAUUCUCGUCGAUGCCAGAAUCUAAAAAUGUUGUUUCAUGGACUGCUAUGAUCUAUGGGUGCAUUCAGAAUGGUGAUAUACCUCUUGCAGCUGCUCAUUUUAGCAGAAUGAGAGAAGAUGGUGUUGCUCCAAAUGAGUUCACCUACUCGACAAUGCUGACAGCAUCAGUGGCCAGCUUGCCUCCCCAAAUUCAUGCUCAGGUGAUAAAGACAAACUAUCAGAGUUCGACAACUGUUGGAACUGCACUUCUGCACUCUUACUCGAAACUUUGCAGCACUGAAGAAGCCCUUUCUAUAUUCGAAAUGAUUGACCAGAAGGAUGUUGUUACAUGGUCUGCAAUGUUGACUUGCUAUGCCCGAGCUGGUGAUUGCGAUGGUGCCACAAAUGUAUUCAUCAAGAUGUCCAUGCAUGGUGUGAAGCCAAAUGAGUUCACAAUCUCUAGUGCCAUUGACGCUUGUGCUAGUCCUACUGCCGGUGUUGACCUGGGUAGACAGUUCCAUGCUAUUUCAAUAAAACACAGAUGCCAGGAUGCAAUCUGUGUCAGCAGCGCACUUAUCAGCAUGUAUGCAAGGAAAGGGAGCAUCGAGAGUGCUCAGAGUGUCUUUGAGAGGCAAAGAGAUAGAGAUUUAGUGUCAUGGAACUCAAUGAUAUCAGGGUAUGCACAUCAUGGUUACAGCCAAAAAGCCCUUGAUAUAUUUCGGCAGAUGGAAGUUGAGGGCAUUGAGAUGGAUGGUGUCACAUUCCUUGCAGUGAUCAUGGGAUGCGCUCAUGCUGGUCUUAUCGAAGAAGGCCGGCAACACUUUGACUCGAUGAUCAGGGACUACGAGAUUACUCCAACCAUGGAUCAUUACACGUGCAUGGUGGAUCUCUAUAGCCGUGCUGGCAAGCUGGAUGAAACAAUGAACCUCAUAGAAGGCAUGCCAUUCCCAGCAGGUCCAAUGCUAUGGCGGACAUUGCUAAGUGCUUGUAGAGUUCACAAGAAUGUUGAGCUUGGAAAGUUGGCUGCAGAGAAGCUGCUGUCAUUUGAACCUCUUGACUCAGCUACAUAUGUGCUUCUCUCCAACAUUUAUUCAGCUGCCGGGAAGUGGAAAGAGAAGGAUGUAGUGAGGAAACUCAUGGACACUAGAAAGGUGAAGAAAGAAGCUGGGUUCAGCUGGAUUCAGAUCAAGAACAAAGUUCAUUCCUUUAUAGCUUCAGACAAGUCACAUCCUUUAUCAGAACAGAUAUAUGCAAAGCUCAAGGCAAUAACAGCUAGGUUGAAGAAAGAAGGCUAUUGUCCUGACACAAGCUUUGUGCUUCAUGAAAUGGCCGAAGAGCAGAAAGAAGCCAUAUUGGCUAUGCACAGUGAGCGGCUAGCCCUUGCCUUUGGCUUGAUAGCUACCCCACCAGGGACACCCCUUCAAAUUGUCAAAAACCUGCGGGUGUGUGGGGACUGCCACACGGUGAUGAAAAUGAUCUCCAUAAUUGAGGAUAGGAAGAUUGUAAUGCGAGAUUGCAGCAGGUUCCACCACUUCAGUUCAGGGAUCUGCUCCUGUGGCGAUUUCUGGUAAAUGGACUCAGAACAAAUUGGCUGUGGAUGCAAUACUCUGGUGAUAUUGCCCUUUGAACAUCACUGGUAAAUUGACUCUGGUUGUCAGAUUUCUACAAGCCUAGAAAUAAUGUUUUUGAGGCUUGUAGAGGCAUAAAGCAGGAAUAUCAGUGCUGGGGUUUGUUGGAACUGUUACUCAUGCAGAUGUGGUUCAACAGGCGAUUGGAUGAGGAGAAUGCCAAGGCUAUGUCACUGUUUGAGGGUGUUGUUCAGCGAAAUGACGAAAUUGAAGAUGAUGGAAAAAAAAGUUGAGAACUUGAUCCGGGGAAUCUUAGCUGGAAAUAUUUUUGAUCUAGGAUCUGCACAG